CUCCUCCCUGCGUCCCCGCCUCGCGAGCCGCCCCCCUGCGCCGGCCGCCGCCGCCGCCGCCGCCCGCCCCGUUGCCCGGCCCGCGCACUGCCCAAGCCGGCGGCGGCACGGACGGCGGGCGGCGCAGCAUGGACUCGGACUCCGGGGAGCAGAGCGAGGGCGAGCCCGUGAGCGCCACGGGUCCAGAUGUGUUUAGUUCGAAGAGCCUCGCCCUGCAAGCGCAGAAAAAGAUCCUGAGCAAACUAGCCAGUAAAUCGGUGGCCAACAUGUUGAUUGAUGACACCAGCAGUGAGAUCUUCGACGAGCUCUACAAAGUCACCAAAGAGUACACCCACAACAAGAAGGAGGCCCACAAGAUCAUGAAAGACUUAAUCAAGGUGGCCAUCAAAAUCGGGAUCCUCUACCGGAACAGCCAGUUCAACCAGGAGGAGGUGGCCACGGUGGAGAAGCUCCGCAAGAAGCUGAACCAGACCGCCAUGACCAUGGUGAGCUUCUACGAGGUAGACUACACCUUCGACAGGAACGUGCUCUCCGCCCUGCUGCACGAGUGCCAGGACCUGGUACAUGGACUAGUGCAGCGGCACCUCACGCCUCGGACCCAUGGACGCAUCAACCAUGUCUUCAACCACUUCGCUGACGUGGAGUUCCUCUCCGCCCUCUAUCGCCUAGAUGGGGAUGGUAGGCCCAGCCUCAAGAGGAUUUGCGAAGGCAUCAACAAACUGCUAGAUGAGAAGGUCCUCUGAGUGGCGCCCUCCCGAGAAACUCUGCUUCUCUAACAUCCUGUCAUCCAGCCUGGGUCCCGUGAGAAUCCAGACCCCACACAGAAACCCUUGUUGUUGAUCGACGUCCGUGUUCUGUCCUACUUAUCCCCUCCAAUGCUGACGCUGAGCUGAGCUCAGGUGUGUCCACCCCAGCCGCCGUCGAGGUCUGAGCUUCUGAACACCUGCACUUGGAAGCCCUUUUCAAGCAGAGAGGCUGCUUGGCUCCUCACAGUGAGCUCAGGGCAUCUUGGCAUGGAAGGGGUCCUGGGCUGGGAGCUAGAGGAGCGUGACCCAGUUACCAGCUGCACCAAUCCCACUUCUGUCCUCUGUCCUGGUCCUGCACACCCGCCCGCCUACCUCCCAGGGCUGUUGCGAGGGCAGAAGGAGAUAAUGUGUUUCCCCUACUUUAAAAGCUCACCUGGGAGCUAUUGAUGUCCUCUCUCUGCGUGGAGAGGGAUCAGUCCAGAUCUCGUCUAUGAACAGUAUGGAAGAAAAGAAUCACAGAACUGAACAGAGAGGGCUUGCAGUCUCUCUCUACCCAUGCUGCUUCAAAGUAAGAUGAAGUCAAAGGUGUAAAGUACACUUGCAAAUAGAAAUGUGUCAUUCAAGAGUUGUGUUUGGGUCUCAGAAUGCAGGUAUAUGAUGGCAUGGAGGGAAUCUAUCCACAGGGGAGGGGACAGUUUGCUGGCCAGCCAUCACCCCCAAGCUCAGAGCACCAUGCACCCUGCCAGGCUGGCUGCCCUCCCACAGAAUGGCCACCCCUUUGGCCUGGGAGGCUUCAUCCCAGCACUUAGAGGACAGUGAGGGAGAUGAGUCCCUUUUCAUCUUUCUUGGCCUUUCACAGUCGUUUUGUGCUGUCUUCUCUGGUCUGUUAAUAAAACAAAACUACCCUUCCAACAA